UACGCAUUCUUCUUUGUAAAAUAUGAAAGAAAUUAAAACAUUCAUGAGACAAAAAGCUAAAAUCAAGUGUCAAGAUUCCAUCUUUUUGCUUGCGUUUUAGCCCCCUCAACAUCCAAUUCUUAUCCAAUUCAAUCCCCACUUCUCAAAUUUAUCGAUUUCUGCACAUUUUUAGGGAUCAGGUGCAAAGCAGCUAACUAGCCAUGUCUUCAUCUUUUCCAGUUCUUCCGAUCCCUCUUCAAGGGAAGUACCCUAAACUGCCUGAUUCUUUUCAGGUUUCUUCGGAGAGGGAAGUGAUGCGAAACUCAGUGCCCCAUCAAGCAUCUCCAUUAGGUUGUAAUAGCGGGACUGUUGGACACUUGUUUUCAUCAUCUAUGAGACCGUCCAAUGAAGUUUAUGCUUCUUCAUUUUCACCACGAGCAGAGCAGUCUCAACAUUCUCCUUUUAUAUCCGAGUCACUGAGGGACCGAGGAACUUUUCCAGUGCCACCAACUCAUUCUUCCAGUUCCGAUGUGCCGUCCACAACACUAGUUAAUCACUCUGAAGAAAAUAAGGAUAUGUCGUGGACUAUAAUUCCAUAUAAUGACUUGCUUGAAAUUCCAGAAGCUGUGCAUGUGCAGAAUGGCCAAGUUGAAAGCAGUAUCGGUGUCAUUACAUCUGAGGACCUUAUUAAGAAAACGGAUUGGCAGGAAUGGGCAGAUCAGUUGAUCUCUGUUGAUGAUGAUCUGGAACCAGAUUGGAGUGAAAUUCUUAAUGAUGCUAACACAGCUGAAGCAAAACAAAAGGCUCUGAAAUCAUCUUCUCAAAUUUCACUUCAGCCCCAAAUUCUUCAGCAUCAACCUGUACACAAUGGAGAGCUUGUUGCUAACCCAAUCUCUACUACAGCCCCAACAAAACCCCGAAUGCGCUGGACACCAGAACUUCAUGAGGCUUUCGUAGAUGCUGUUAAUAAGCUUGGUGGCAGUGAACGAGCUACCCCGAAGGGUGUCUUAAAGCGCAUGAAUGUUGAAGGCUUGACUAUCUACCAUGUUAAAAGUCACCUGCAGAAGUACAGAACAGCCAGAUAUAAACCAGAGUCAUCGGAAGGAUCUUCAGAGAAGAAGUUGAAUUCCAUUGAUGAAAUAACUUCUUUAGACUUGAAAGCGAGCAUGGGGAUCACAGAAGCCUUGCGAUUGCAAAUGGAGGUUCAGAAGAAGCUCCAUGAACAGCUUGAGAUUCAGAGAAAUUUACAGCUGAGGAUUGAGGAACAGGGUAGGAAUCUUCAAAUGAUGUUUGAGAAACAAAAGAAGAUAGACGAUGAGAAGUUCAAGGGUUCUACUUCUUCCUCCUCCCUGGAUGCCCCAUCACAGUCAAAUGUAGAGCAGCCAUCCGAAAAUGGUAAGAUCGGAGUUUCAGAACUUGAUAACCCCAAAACAGGACUUGACAAUAGGGACAAUGAUCCAACACCGGAUGGAAGUUCUAAAAGUGGAAGUAGAAAGCACAAGGCGCCAGAACAUGGAGCCGAUGAAGAUACUGAGAAGAAGGAGGACGAGUCUGGUCGAGCAUCAGCAAAGCGUCCGAGAGUAGAUGAAACAACAACAGACUGAUCAACUUCCUGAAUUUGUUCGAAAAGCUCUAUCCGUUGACAUUUUGCAUCUCGGGAAGACGACAUGCUGAGCAUGGAAAUCGAUAUUAAACUGUGUGAAUCACAAUGGGGCAAAAUGAUUGAUGGGUGUUAUUUUAACAUGAUCUAACUAGCUUAAGAAACAAAAGAAUUCAGAAUGAAUUUAUUGACAUGUGAUUUUUCCAGUCUAGGGAUAUUUGCAUUAGGAAUUGGUGUUAGAAGAUGAACUUGUAUAUGUAUGUGCAAUGUUAAUAGUCAGGAAACUUUGUAGUUCUCAAUAAAAUUAUGUUCCAAAUGA